CUGAGGCGGCUGUUGCGGGCGGGCGCUGCGCCUGUGGCGAAGGAGACCCCGCCGGAGGAGGAGGAGGAGGAGGAGGAAAUCCCGCGAAGGCUUCGCCUGGAGCCGCGUCCCCCCGAACUCCUUUCUCCGCCCAGCCAUGAGAAGCGCAGGAUGAAGCUGGAGGCCGUCGUGGAACAGCUGCAGAAGCAGCAGCAACAGCAGCAGCAGCAGGUGGCCCCUCUCCCCAUGGAGUCCCGAGACCGGCCCCCGAGGCCGAUGAGGGACCCUCCACUGCCCUUCCCUCCGCAGGGGACGGUCCAGCAAGCGAAUCUGGCCUCCCCUCCCGGCAAAGUCUCCGCUGGGCCCCUCCUCGGGCCUUCCGCUCGAAUGGCCCCCCUCUUGGGGGCUUCUCGGACCUUUGAUCAGAGCGCUCUGAACUCGGAGGAGGAAGAGGAGGAGGAGGAAGAGGAGGAGGAGGAGGAAGAAGAAGGGGAGGAAGAUUCGGAAGACGGAGACCUGGAGGACAAUGCCCCCAGAAGUGGCCAGGAUGCCCGGUCGGCUCUCAAGUACUUUCACGCUUCCAAAGCGGUUUCCCACAACCAAAGAGUGACCCCGUCCUCUAAGCCCCUCCAAGGCCUGGGGGCGUCCCAGCGGCACCUCCAGGGAAAGGACCAAGCGGGGAAAGAAACCCCCAACUUGCUCUAUUCCGGGUCCUCUACUGGGAGGCCCUCGUGGCGGCUGGAGGAACAGCACAAGCAGAACGGGAACUUAACUUGGAGCGAAGAAGCCGACAGUAGCAGAGGGAGAGAAGUGUCUCGCGACUUUGCCAAGUUGUAUGAAUUGGAUAGUGACCCCGAACGGAAGAAAUUCCUGGACGAUCUCUUCAUUUUUAUGCAUAAGAGGGGUAAGUGGUGUUUAGGGGGAAAUAAGGGAAAUAAAACAUUUGACUACUUGUUCUAUAUGCUAGAAUUAGAAACCACGCCCAUAAAAUCCAACAGGCUCAGUGACCUGAUCUAUAUGAGUUUGGUUUUUUCCCCCAACAACAACAUGGAAGUUGCUUUCCAUUGCUCUCUGUUCUGGGAUGGUUUUCGAUUUUCCAAUCCAGCUGACGGCCUCAGAAUUUCAAAAGGGUCCUAUUCAAAGACGGAGAUGUCCUGUUCCUUCUUAGGAUCCAGGUGUCAAGAUUGUCCUUGAAAGAAACAUGGCCACAGUCAGGUAAAUUUUAAGUCCCGUGGAAGGCUGAACACAAAGCGUGAAAGGUUGUGAAGUCAGCUG